GCGGAAUGUUUGUUCAGUUAGGUUGACUAUCUGCUAUCUUUCCUACAUUUUAGUCGUUAAUAAGUAAUAAUGGUGAAGUUAAGACAACCUGUUGGAACAUUUCUGUGAUUGUUUGUGCUUUUGAACAAAAGGCACCGUCUUGCAUUUAUGUCGUCCAGACAGCUGUCCUGAUCUCCUCCGGUGACUGCCGUCAUCAUGUCCCAGACCAACACCUCUCUCCUGGACGAGGUGAUGCAAUGGAGCCAGGAAACCUGUCGCCAGGAGCUGAAGUCUGUCCUGCCAAAACUCACUUCUUUGCAGCACAAAUCAGAGAGUUGGGAUGAUCAUAUACGUGUACUGAAGAUUAUUACAGACAUGUUCCUUCCACAUAUUCAUUUGUCAGAGCUGGAAGAGGAGUGCUUCUCCAAGAUCUUACCAAAGGCUGUGACAGUGUUUGAAAGCAUGAUGAAAGAAAUCUCAGACCAAGUUGGAGGACUGUCUAGUCAAAACACCGAACCGUGUGCCUUACUAAGGAACAUUCUUCAGGCGAUGAUGCAGAUAAUUGAUGCACUAUCCACUUGUGUGCGUCAUGUUGGCUCAUUCAAUGAUGCUCCUGACCUGGAUGCUAUCCGCUCGUUACCUACUUGUAUCCUGAAAAUCCUGAGGGAAACCUUUCAGCACUGCAAGGAAAGUGAGGUGGUUUACUGCGGCCGUAUGUCCCUGGUGGCUGACCUGCUGCAGGGACUCUUCAAGGAGGCAUAUUCCCUUCAGAAGGGUCUAUUGGAGCUGCUGGACAGGAUCUCCCUCGACAGCAGUGCCUCAGAGGAGGAGGUCUCUGACAUUGUUACAGUGAUUCACAGCCUGCUGGAUAUCUGCUCUAUUAUCUCCAAUUUGGACAUAGCACUUCAUGCAAACACAUGGAAAUUCCUAAUCAAACAGAGUCUAAAGUACCAGUCAUUGGUGGAGGAACAUCUGCAUCAUGGUGACAUCAGCACCAGCCUUUGUGAAAACCUAUUGGCCUCCUUCCACAACUGUGUGGAGCUGGCUGAACAGAUAAAACAUGCUGCUCUGCAGGAGGCAACACAAACCCCAGAAUACAAGUUGUUCCAGAAAACUGCAAAGAUGUGCAGAUUUUUUGCCAACACACUGGUUCAUUACAUAAAGGAAUUCAAAUUUUUUCUCACAAAAUAUUGUAGCUGCUUUCACAAAGUCUACCUCCAGAUCAUCAGUAAAUUCCCUCCCAGCUUGUGUGCUCCAACACUGACUAUGGCUCUGUCCGAGGAGUUGAAUGCAGCUGCUCUGGUUCCCAUGGAUGCCCUCUUGCUCCAGCUGUUGCCUUUAAGGCCCUUCGCUGAAGUUGUCGUCCAGCAGGAGCUGCGGUUAAGUCCUGAACAUGAGCUUCCUCAGUGUCUUUUGCUGGUGAGUGUCCUGGGUCAGCUGGCCACCCAACCGGAGGAGGUGCAGCAGCUUUGGUACACUGGCAGCCAGUUCUCAGAGGAGACACCAAGGCUUCCCCUCCACAAGGCCUUGUUCACUAGUUUCCGUCGUUGUUAUUCUGAGCGUAAGGUACCGGUGCUCUUGCCAGGGGUGAUGAUGAAGGGUCAGGCCCAGGUCCAGGUCACUCUGCACCACCACAUAUGCGUGCAGCUCUGUGCCAGUGUGGCUGGGCUUCCUCCAGUGUACUUUCCUGUGUUGGAGCGUUGUUUGGUUGAUGCUGUCCUGCAGGCUGAUACACAAACAGCUUUACUGGCAACAGAUGUGUGGUGUUUUACAGCACGGUAUGGGACAGCAGAACUUUGUCUACAUCAUGUCCUCCUCAUUGCUCAGCUGGUAAAGAUGUGCACCACUGAGUGUUACCAGUUGUUCCACAUGGGCCUGCUGCUUAAACGCAUGGUUUUCCUUAUGACACAAAACCACCAGAUGGAGCUGGUGAUGCAUUUCCCACCCUCUGAUGUGGAAAACUUGCCAGUCUGGCGUCAUGUCCUCGUCAGAGCUCUUUCUCAAGAGGCCCGUCACCGCGUAGAGACAGACAUCAUUGGCCUUACUCAGAAAGCUCUGACCGACUGGCAGAAUGGAGGGUACAAACUGGGACAAAUGGACAAAGUGAAUGUGGUGCUCUUAUCCCUCCUAGUGGUGGUUCAAGGGCAGUCAUCUCCUGAGGAGCAGUGUGUGUUGUCCGCAACGAGGAUAGUCACACAGCUGUGGUUACGCAUGAGUUCAGAUCAGGUGGAGAAGCACCCUGUGCUCCAGUGUACUCUGCAGCUGCUCCUGUACCUAUCAGCCAUAUUAGUGAAAAACAUGGAAACUCAAGUCAUUUGUCAGGCUCUGUUGUGCGUGGACGCUCUGGUAUCUCAGAAGUGUGCAGAUCAGCUGCUGCUGGCUGCUCUGGAGUUCCUGGCCUCCCUGGGGAAGAUCUUUGUCCCUCCUGACAGCCAGAGUCAAAUUCUGCCGAGGCUGAGCAGCCUGUUUGGAGUCCUGCUGGCUGACAGAUCUUGGCUGCUACAUCAGCAUGCCCUGGAGGCCUUCUCUCAUUUUGCAGAGGUUACAAACCACGAGGAAGUCAUUUCCCAGAGUUUGUGUGUUGAAGAAACAAAGACCAAGGUGGUGAAUUAUCUUAGCAAGACUGUGAAUGUAAAGGAAGAUGUGGAGUCACGGCUACAGAGGCUCAAGAUGGAGACACCAGAGAUUGAGCAACACAAUGACAAGCUUGAAAACAACAAAGAAAAUGUUUCGAACAAACAGGUGGCUGAGGUGGUUUCAGAUUUAGAGCCAUGUCCAAAGAGAGCUCGGCAGGAGACCAGUGCAGAGGAGGAAUACAGCCGCUACAUCCAGACAGCUGAGAGUGCUUUAAAAGCCCUUCAGGCUCUCACUGAGGGCGAAGCCAACAUGAAAGCACCACCACAGUGGCUUCAAUCCAGACUGCAGGAGCUGCAGACCCUCAUAACCAACAUCUGUACAGCCAGGCACGUGAUCUAGCAGCCCCAGUUUGUUUUCCAGGCCCAGAUUUACUUUCUGUAUCAAAAAACUAUUUAAUCAGUCUGGGAUUGUGGAAAUCUGCAAUACCUGUUGCUGCUACUGAAAAUAGUUUCUUUUACUUUUUAAAACUG